GCCUGCUCAGUCUUCAGCGGCGGCGGCGGCUGCAGCAGGCGCGCAUCUCUGGGCACUGCGCGGGUGGCGGCGGCGGCGGGCCGGGAUCGGCGGGUCAGGAUGGGCGGGCGGCCGCGCGGGAGACGUGGGGAGCGCGAGACGUGACCCCUCUGCACGCGGAGCGCAACAGCCGGCCGCGCCUGGUCUGUCUGACGGGUGGGCGUGGACGCGGGCCGGCUGCUGACCUCGCCGGAGCAUGCGGGUAGCGGCGCGGGCGGCCGCGGUGUGCGCGGGGCUGCCGUGGCCGCGGCCCCCCGCCCCGGGUGCGUCGCCGCCGCCGCCGCCGCCGCCGCUGCUGCCGCCGCCGCCACUGCUCCUGCUGCUGCUGGUGCUGCUGCUGCCAUCCGUGUUGCUGGGCUGCGCGGGCGCGCAGUACUCCAGCGACCUGUGCAGCUGGAAGGGGAGUGGGCUGACCCAUGAGGCACACAGGAAGGAGGUGGAGCAGGUGUACCUGCGCUGCUCGGCUGGCUCAGUGGAGUGGAUGUACCCAACGGGGGCGCUCAUCGUGAACCUGCGGCCCAACACGUUCUCGCCCUCCCGACACCUAACCGUGUGCAUCAAGCCCUUCAGGGACUCCUCAGGAGCUAAUAUUUAUUUGGAAAAAACUGGAGAACUGAGACUGCUGGUGCGGGAUGGAGACAGUGAGCCUGGCCGGGUGCAGUGCUUCAGCCUGGAGCGAGGCGGCCUGUUUGUAGAGGCGACGCCCCAGCAGGACAUUAGCAGGAGGGCCACCGGCUUCCAGUAUGAGCUGAUGAGUGGGCACCGGGCACUGGACCUGCAUAUGCUGACUGCCCCUUGCCGCCCUUGCAGCGAUACUGAGGUCCUCCUCGCAGUCUGCACCAGCGAUUUCGUUGUCCGAGGCUCCAUCCAGGAUGUCAUUCAUGCACCAGAACGCCAAGAAUCUGUCAUCCACCUGAGAGUGAACAGGCUCUAUAGGCAGAAAAGCAGAGUCUUCCAGCUGGCUCCUGAGGGCAGUGGGCACUGGCAGGGUCACGUCACAACACUGCUGGAGUGUGGUGUGCGGCCGGGGCAUGGGGACUUCCUCUUCACCGGCCAUAUGCACUUUGGGGAGGCACAGCUUGGCUGCGCCCCUCGCUUCAGUGACUUCCAAAGGAUGUACAGGGAUGCGGAGGAGAGGGGGAUGAACCCCUGUGAGAUUGGCAUGGAGUGACUCCAGAGGUUCUGAGUGCUGCCCACCUUCUCCUGAUGAGCUCCUGCUGGCUGCUGGGGGCCUGUGGGCCAGGGCUGUGGGCCAGCUGUUGUUCUGGCCCUGUGCUCCAGCUGUGGAGGUACCCACAAGAUCCUGGCCGUGGACAUCCUGACUGACUGAUUGGAAAUGGUGUAAAAUGCAAACUAAGUUAUUUUUUUGUAAAAAACAAUGUACAUAGGAAACAUUCCUGUGUCUGAA